AUGGCAUUCUUUGAUAAAAACAGAACUGGGGAAUUGAUUUCAAGAUUAUCAACAGAUACAGCAAUUGUCGGUAGAAGCUUGACAAAUAAUGUGAGUGAUGGAUUAAGAGCUUUAGCUACGGCCUCUGUAGGGUCUACAAUGAUGUUAGUCAUUAGUCCUAAACUGACUGGUAUUAUGAUGGUGAUUGUUCCUCCUAUUGCUUUAUUUGGUAUCGUCUACGGUCGUUAUGUAAAAACUUUAUCCAGAAAGACACAAAGCGCAAUAAGUGAAGUUACAAAGGUUGCAGAGGAGCGUAUUGGUAAUAUACGUACUGUACAAGCAUUUGCAAAAGAAGAAGAGGAACAAAAACGAUAUAGUAUUCGUGUACAGGAUGUCUUUAGAUUGGCUAGAAAAGAAGCCCUCGCUAGUGGUCUCUUCUUUGGUGGUUCAGGUUUAGCAGGCAAUUUAGCCGUUUUAGCCGUUCUUUGGUAUGGUGGCAAAAUGGUGAUGGAAGAUGUCAUUUCUAUUGGCCAAUUGACUUCCUUUAUGCUCUAUACUGCCUACGUAGGUACAUCCCUAGGCGGUUUGACAUCUUUCUAUUCUGAGAUUAUGAAGGGCGUAGGCGCAUCUGAUCGUAUCUUUGCUUUAUUGGAACGUCAAAGUCCAAUCCUCUUGGACAGUGGUAAAAUACUAAGUGAAGUGAAAGGAAAGAUCAAAUUUGAGAAUAUCAACUUUAGUUAUCCGACUCGUCCUCAUUCACACAUCUUUAAAAACCUCAAUUUGACAGUUGAGCCAGGUACAGUUAUUGCUGUUGUUGGAUCUUCUGGAUCUGGCAAAUCUACGAUUGGUUCCCUUUUGCUUCGUUAUUAUGAUCCUAUUGCUGGUAAUAUCUUCAUUGACGACACAAAUAUGAAGGAUAUUAAUUUACAUUGGUGGCGCGAGCAAGUAGGUAUUGUCUCUCAAGAACCUACUUUAUUUGCUGGUACAAUUGCUGAAAAUAUCGCCUACGGACGUGAGAAUGCAACGAUGGAAGAAAUUGAAGAUGCUGCUAUCAAAGCCAAUUGUGCUUCCUUUAUUAAUACAUUCGCUGAUAAAUAUGAUACACUCGUUGGUGAACGUGGUGUCAGUUUAAGUGGUGGUCAAAAGCAAAGGAUUGCAAUUGCUCGUGCAUUAUUAAAAGAUCCCAAGAUUCUAAUCUUGGAUGAAGCUACAAGUGCACUUGAUUCAGCUUCUGAAGUCUUGGUCCAAGAUGCUUUAAAUCGCUUGAUGCAAGGUCGUACUGUUUUGACUAUUGCUCACCGUCUUUCUACUAUCCGUUCUGCUGAUUUGGUUGCAUGUUUAAGUGAUGGAAUUGUCGCCGAGUUAGGAACAUAUGAUGAAUUAUUAAGUAGAGAAAAUGGUGUAUUCCGUAAGUUGGUUGAAUUGCAGUCAUUUGUUGUAUUUUCUACUAAUUGUUCUGAUUUUUUUUGCCGUAAAGUGGUCAAUGUCUUUGUGUCAUUAAGUAACAAGUUUUGUUUUAAUUCUCCAAUUAAUGAUAAUAAAGAUUCACAAGAUCGAACCUAA